AUGAAGAGCUUGCGCACUCGUGUGGCAUCGUACCGCGAGGACGACAGAGCCUGGGUCAGCUAUCCUAUGAGCUUCCUCUACAUCACCUGGGCCGUCCUCGCCAGCAACUAUGUCAACGUCCUGCUCGUAUUUGUUCCCGCCGGUAUCAUUCUUGGAGCUCUGGGCAUGGACCCUACCGCCGUUUUCGUCGUCAACUUCCUGGCCAUCGUUCCCCUUGCUGCUCUCCUGAGUUUCGCUACCGAAGAGCUGAGUGUAAAGCUGGGUCAGACAAUUGGUGGUCUCAUGAACGCGACCUUCGGAAAUGCCGUCGAAUUGAUUGUUUCGAUCGUUGCUCUUCAGAAGGGCGAGAUUCGCAUUGUCCAGGCCAGUAUGCUCGGCAGUAUCUUGUCGAACAUCCUCCUCGUUUUGGGCUGCUGCUUCCUCGCCGGUGGCUGGAAACACCAGGAGCAGUCCUUCAACUCGACUGUUGCUUCGACCAUGUCAUCUCUUAUGGCCGUCGCUUCGGCCUCUCUGAUCAUCCCUGCCACUCUUUAUGCCGCGCUCGCCAACUCCAAGGAGCGCACUGACGACAACAUCCUGAUCCUUUCUCACGGAACUGCUAUCAUCAUGCUCAUCCUCUACUGUCUCUACCUCUUCUUCCAGCUCAAGACUCACGCCAACCUGUUCGACGAGGAGCAGCAAGAUGGAGAGGAGGACAAGGAGCCCGAGGUUCUGAAACCUAUCCCCGCCGCCGUUGCUCUCGUCAUCAUCACUGUCGCCGUUGCCGUCUGUGCUGAAUACCUAGUCGACUCGAUCGAUGCUAUCGUUGAAGAGGCGCAUAUCUCAAAGACAUUCAUUGGUUUGAUUCUCUUGCCUAUUGUCGGAAACGCGGCAGAGCACGUUACCGCGUGUGUUGUCGCAUACAAGAACAAGAUGGAUCUUGCAAUCGGUGUUGCGAUUGGCUCUUCUCUCCAAAUCGCUCUCUUCGUUACUCCCUUCUUGGUCAUCCUCGGCUGGGCCAUGGGUCAGCCCAUGACCCUUCACUUCCAGAUGUUCGAGACUGUGGUCUUCUUCGUCAGUGUUCUCGUGGUUAACUACCUGAUCGCUGAUGGAAAGAGCAACUACCUCGAGGGCGCCAUGUCUUUGGGUAUGUACAUCAUCAUCGCUCUUGCCUUCUGGGUCUACCCUGAUGAUGCUGGUGACCCGAUCUCCAACCCUCCCAAGCUCUUCUAA